UAGAUGCAGUUCUCCCAGGUCUCGCACGAACCAGAGACCGUUUUACAGUUGUGUCUUCUCUGAUCUCUUCUCCGGAACGCACGCGAGCAGCCGUCGUCGUCAUCGUCAUCCACGUCCGUUCGUCGUUGUUCGAAUCGAUUUUUAGCUGAGGGCGCAGCCAUCUUACCAGUGACAAAACCCUAGUGUCGGACGUCGUCAUAUUUUGCAGGUUCAAAGGUGUUCCGAAUGAUCGAUAGUGAAUCGAAAUAGUGGACAGCAAAAAAAAGCACAACGGUCUGUUCCGAGACACUAGUGAACGAAAAGGUUUGUGCGGAAGUUUGGAGGACAAAUUUUGGGUGAUACAGUGCAAACAUGAAAGCCAUCACAACAAUGUGCGCAAAGAAUGGGGGUGCUUCCUUGUCGACAGUGUCGAGUGGUCGAGUGCAGCGUCACCGAGAUGGUGAAAACGAUGAAAUUAAACUAUACCUGUCGAAGCUCCGAGAGCUGGUACCGUUCAUGCCGAAAAACCGCAAACUGACCAAGCUCGAGGUGAUCCAGAACGUCAUCGAUUACAUCUGUGAGCUGCAGAAUGCACUUGAUUCACAUCCCGCCGUCAAUGGCUUUGACUCGCUGGCCGUUCUUCAGCAUCAGCAACAGCAGCAGCAAGUAGGAUAUCAACCCGACUCAAUGGAAUCCGUUCCGGCGCCAGCAUCCAGACAACCGCUGGCCACCAUCUUGAGCAGCAGUACGAGCAACGUUUCCGGAUCGCAUCUGAACGCUCUAGGCGAUGGAUUACAACAGCCUUGAUGGCAAAUGGCAGCUGUCACUCAGCGACCCACGGUACAUCGCCGAGGGGCCAUUUACACUAUCGGAGGGCAGCGCUCUGCCGCACGAACAUGUCCCAAAUUGGCUUACAACAUCUGUGAUAUUACGUCGAUAUGGUCGCACGAGGAUUCGUCACCGGGCAUCGGGACAACUGCGCGCUAUUGAAGGUCCUGCUGCUUCAUGUGUCUACUGGACGACAUCAUCAUCAUAAAGGCGCGGUGGUGCGAGUUGGAGGACUUUCGCGACCGUCCGUGAUGUGUUAGUGUGGAUACGCAAAAAACAAAACCGGAAAAUGCAGUGUUUGCCAGGGCCACGUUCCGGCCGAGAUCUCAGGGUGCUACGACCCUAAGUUGCAGCUGACUGACCAAGAGGAUCAAACGCGCGGUGCUGCUGUUUGUGUCUGUGCCGUUAAACACUGUUUCGGUACCAACAAUCCCAUCAGUCUGCACCAGUUCCACGGGUCUGGAGCGCUAGUUUGGUUGAUGAGUGUGUAUUUAACAAUAAAUAACUUAAUUAACACCACCUGAGCAAACUGUUUGCUGUAGUGCCUGUCUUUCGAAAUCCCACCCCGUUGAGAUCUGCCGUUACUGCAGUUAUU